UAAGCAACUAGCAACUGCAGCUUAUCAUCCCUUCCUAAUCAAAAUUGCUGGCAUGGAAGUCCUUACUUGUGUCCAAGACAAAUCAACCAUGGAUUUGAAGGAGUUUGAUGCAACAAAAGCUGGUGUUAAAGGACUUAUAGAGUCCGGCAUCACAAAGAUACCUAAAUUUUUCAUCCGUCCAUCACUGGAAACUGUGGAGAAGUCAUCUUACAAGUCCAGUGAUAUCAGCCUCCGUAUUCCACUUAUAGACCUUGCAGGCUUUGAAAGUAGUAGAAGGAAGGAUAUAAUUGAUGAAAUACGCGAAGCAUGCGAAAAAUGGGGUGUCUUUCAAUUGAUCAAUCAUGGGAUUCCAAUUAGCGUCUUGGAUGAGAUGAUUGCUGCUUCCAGAAGAUUUCAUGAGCAACCAAAUGAGGUGAAGAAGGAGCUGUACUCACGUGAUCCUGAGAAAUCAGUGAAGUACUACAGCAACAGUGAUCUCUUUUUACGUAAAGGAGCUGCAGAUUGGACGGAUAGCGCGGCCUUUGAUUUUGGUGAUGGUAAAGUGGACCCUGCCGCCCUUCCUCACAUAUGCAGAGAUGCAGUGGCAGCAUAUGUGAUACACAUGUUUGAACUGAAGAAUACAGUAUCUCAACUCCUCUCAGAGGCUCUGGGACUUAGCAGUGACUACCUUGCUAAAAUGGAAUGCAUGGAACAUCCUGCAAUACGGUGCAACUAUUACCCUGCUUGCCCUGAGCCAAAUGGCGUGCUUGGCUCAGUCAAGCAUACGGACCCAGAUUUUAUGACUAUAGUCUUGCAGGACAAUGUUGGUGGUCUUCAAGCUGUUCAUCAAAAUAUGUGGGUUGAUGUGUCCCCUGUUCCAGGAGCUCUGAUUGUCAACAUGGGUGACUUUAUGCAGCUUAUCACCAAUGAUAAAUUCUUAAGUGUCCAGCACAGGGUUCAAGUUAGACAGACUGGCCCAAGAGUGGCAAUUGUUUGCUUCUUCUAUCCUUAUUCGACAAAUCUGUGUAAACGCUUUGGGCCUAUAAAGGAGCUUCUAUUCGACCAAGAACCGAUAUACAGAGAAACUAGUGUCAUGGAAUACAUCGAUAAAUUCAGGUCUAAUGGAGGAGCUGGCAAUCCAUGCCUACCACUUUUUAAACUAGUGUAAGGGAUUGCUAGCCUGAUGGAGUGAUGCAUGGAUGCUUAUGAAACAAUGUCGAAACCUAAAAUAUGUAACAAAUUUCAGCUUCUCAUGUAUGUUGUCUGUUGUCUAAAUUGUCAGAACCUAUAUGUAUAUGUAGCUGUUAUAUAUUUGUAAUAUGGUCUAUCUUUUCUCUGUUUAAAGGAAUGAGUUGUAAUAAAAAAGAUAUUCCUAUUGCA